CGUGCCCAGGGCGGCCGCCAAGAUGGUGGUGGGCGCAUUCCCCAUGGCGAAGCUGUUCUACUUGGGCAUCCGGCAGGUUAGCAAGCCGCUGGCCAACCGCAUCAAGGAUGCCGCCCGCCGCAGCGAGUUCUUCAAGACCUACAUCUGCCUGCCGCCAGCCCAGCUGUACCACUGGGUGGAGAUGCGGACCAAGAUGCGCAUCAUGGGUUUCCGGGGCACAGCCAUCAAGCCGCUGAAUGAGGAGGCCGCAGCAGAGCUGGGUGCUGAGCUGCUGGGUGAGGCCACCAUCUUCAUUGUGGGCGGAGGCUGCCUGGUCCUGGAGUACUGGCGCCACCAGACUCAGCAGCGCAAUAAGGAGGAGGAGCAGCGGGCAGCCUGGAACGCGCUGCAGGACGAGGUGGGCCGCCUGGCACUGGCUCUAGAGGCGCUGCAGGCUCAGGCACAAGCGAUGCCCUCCUUGAGUGCCCUGGAGGAGCUGCGGGAGGAGCUGCAGGAAGUGCGUGGCCAGGUCUGCAGUGCUCACUGUACUCCCAAGUGCCAGACAGCAUCUUCCAAGAAGUAGCCAGCUGCUGGGGCCUGGACUUGUCUGUGGCUAUGUGGCCCUCGAUAGGGCCUUCUCCUCACACCUCCUGGCCUGGGCUGCUCUGGCCUAGCAGAAACCAUGAGGACCUUGAUGUAGCUGUGACGUGUGGUCACCCCUUACUGACAGAAUCUGGGCAUUUCCCCCGGGGAGCACUCAGAAGAAGCGUUCUGAGUCCAUCAGCCUCUGACCCAAAGUGCUCAGCCCCACCAGGAACCACACUGGACUUUGAAGGUCUUGGCCAACCUGUCUCUCCACUGCUCUAGCAAAGGCAAGAAAUGGAGCCAGGGCUCGAGCCUGAUGAGGAUGUAGACAAGGUCACCUGCCCAUCAUUGGACCGCCUCCUUCCUUUGGUGGACACAGGCCACCGUGAGCCUUGCCUCAGGUCAGUGUAGCUCCCAUGGAGGCAGCACAGUGCAACUGAUGCCCUCAUUCUCCUCAUUCUCCUUCUGCGGUCCCAAGGGGAUCAUGGCCGUACAGAUCCCCUCACCCCUCAGCCUGUGGCAUUACCUCGCUCCCUCCCUCAGCACAGACUGAUCCUAGCUGGCUUGAAUCUGACCUGCCUGGCUCAGUUGCUGCGCCGCUGCCCUGUCCUAAGGGUCCCUGGACCUUGUUUCAGGUGGCACAUAUUUUCUGCUGUCCUUCAGUGGCAUUUUUCAGUCGGGUGAGUUAGAUGUGACACACAUCUGUCUGACCCUCCAUACCCCGCAGGCCUGGGUCCUCACUCUUCCUGUUGCUCCCACCUUCCUUGACCACGCCCCCAGACGUGACAUAUUACUAGAAACGUGAUGGAGGACACAGAGCAACCUGUUCUCCCACCGUUCUGGAAACCAGCAGCAGAGGCCAGGGUGUUUGGGUUCCACUUUCUUCUGGCUUCAGGGGCUCCAGAGCUCCUGGACUCUGUGUCCUGUCUUCAUGUGGCUUUCUCUUCCCCCAUCUGUCUCCUGCAAGGACACCUGCUCUGAAUACAAGACCUACCCUAAAUCCAGGAUGACCACACUGAAAGAGCCUUUGUUACAUCUCUGAAGACCCUUUUUCUAAAUGGGACACACAGGUCCCAGGAUUAGGACAUAGGGUUUUCUUUUGAAGGCUCUCUAUUCAGCUUGUUACCUUCUGCCGUUCUAAGAAAACGCAAAGCCCCCUACUAUGCUGUUUGGCCAUUUGACAGCCUACUCAUAGCUUCCGGGGCUGGGCUAACCACUACAGCUCCAGAAGGAUUGUGAGUGCAGCAGUCUCUGUCAUGGCUGUCCAGUUCCUGAUGGAAGGAGCCAUAGAAUAAGGAGGCCUCCUAAGAAUAUACGAGAGGCAUAAUUAAUAUGGACCUCCAAACUAGGCCAGUGUUCAUAACAAUAGAGAAAGCCAGCCGGGCAUGGUGGCACAUGCCUAGAAUGCCAGCACUCGGAGGCUGAGGCAGGAAUGAGCCUGGGUCCCAUUGUGAAUUCCAGGACAGCCUGCUGAACCACAGGAAUAGACCCUGUCUUUAAGGGGGGAAAAAGAUGAAAAAUAAAAAGAAAGACAAAAACAUUGGAGGAAACCCAGAGGUUUUGGCUCUGGGGGAAAAGGGGCCAAGACUCAUCCUGUGAGCUCUUCCCACAUUGGGAGGCUGAGGCCCAGGAAAAGGGAAGCUAAGGGACUUGCCCAAGACUCCAUAGCUCAGGAGGGACCAGCCACAAGGGUGGGGAGGAAGGACCAGAGGACCCAGAUGGUUCUGGCUGCAGGACAAGGUGAGAUGAAGGCUGGACAUCUGCCCAGUGGCCAGAGGACUGGGUUUCUGCCCUCUAUCAGAAAAGCCCCGGGCCAUACCCAAGACCUCUAAAUAUAGGAAACAGGUUCAUUCUCCCUGGCCCUUGUCCUAGAGGUGGCACUUGCAGGGCUUCCCCCCAAGGGGUUGAAAAUGACCCAUCCCCAGACUGAAACCAACACUGAAACUGUACCUCCGCUUCUUCUAGAAGAGGCAGAAAUUGGUGUCUUUAAACUUAGGUUAGAGCCUAACUGGGGACAAAGGGCACACAUGGCUUCGUGAUGACUGGAGGACAGAGGGAGGAGCCAGGGAAGCUGCCCGAUUGCCAUGGUUACUGCUGUGGAAUCGAGUCUGGCACUAACCACCAGUCCUGGCCACCCUGCCCUGAGUCAGUCCACAGCAGUUACGGCAAAGCCAAGACAAGUGAGGGCGCAGAGCUCUGUCAGGUCAGUCAUUACUCUGACAGACCAGCUUCCCUGUUGGUGAAGACCCCAUAGGAAUAUUUUCUCUGCUUGCUUGAGAGGAAACAGGCACCGAGAUGAAAUGUCACCUUCGGGUUACCCAAGCAUAAAAGUAGGCCUCUGGGCCCAACCUGACCCAGUGGAGCCUUCACAUGGUCCUGGUGUGUGUGGACAUGGUAGGCCUGUGGCAGCCUCACCCAUGGUGACAGUGCAGGAAGAAAGGGUGGUGUGGUGUGUGAUUCCAGAAGUCUCUGCAGGGCAGGAGGCCAGCACAGCUUUCAUGGUUCUGGUUCCCUUGGCACUGCAGUGUUACAUAUUUCCCACAAGGGGAGAAGGAGGAGAAUAAAUUCAUGAAUGAA